AUGGGCCGACGAGCGAUUAGCUUGAGUGUGGCAGUGUUCGUCUUGCUGCUGCUCGAAAUUGGUGCCAUCGUGUACUACAGCAGCGUACAAAAAGAAUACAUGACUGCGCUCCAGGAGAAGAAUAUUGAUGCAUUUUACCAUGGACUAUGGAUGGUGGGGGCGGUGAUCAUAUUCAUCAGUCCAAUCAUCGCACUUCAUGAGUACACAUCUGGCAUGCUGAAGAUGACAUGGCGUGCCUCUUUGACCAGGCGUUUCGCUGGAUUGUAUCUGGCAGCUCCAGGUUACUGUGAAGGCAAUCCGUUCUACCGGCUGACACUAACCGGAGAAAUCGACAACCCUGAUCAACGCAUCUGCCAGGACGUGCACGAGUUUGUUGGCAUUGCUGUCCAUUUGGUGCAAGACGUAGUCAGGACGGUCCUGAACAUAACGAGUUUUGCGGCCAUCCUGUACUCCAUUUCCCCUGCAGCCUGCUAUGGGGUCCUGGUGUACUCGAUAGUGGGCACCAUCGUUGCAACGAAGGGCUUUGGACCUUGGUUGGGAUUCUACCAGCUCCAGCGGGUCAAGCAGGAAGCCGGCCUUCGCUAUGACUUGAUUCGCGUGCGGGAGAAUGCCGAGUCUGUGGCUUUCUUUGAGGGUGGCGAGGCAGAGUGGUCCAAGUUUAACACCUUAUUCUCUGGACUGCUUCAAACAGUGUACAAGAGCGUAUUGGUCACUUCUGGCUUCGGCAUGUUCAACCGCUCGUUCCACUGGGCUACCUUUGCAGUGGCACCUCUCCUUGUAGGCCCUGCCUAUCUGCGUGGUGAGGUUCAGUUUGGGGUCAUCUCCCAGGCCAGUAUGGCCUUCAAUAUCAUCUUGGGAGCCAUGACGCUUAUCAUGGACAAGCUGGAGUCUUUGACGGAUGUUGGGGUCCGCGUGCGCCGGCUGGAAGAUCUCGAGCUGUCCCUGAGGAAGUGCCGGAAUGAGAUGCAGAUGUCUCGCGCCGCAGGGCUUGCUGGCGUGCAGUGCAUCGCAAGUGCCGAGCCCGGCCCCAGCGACACAGCCAUGCUCCGCUUCUGCAAAGUGACUCUCCGCACCCCACCUCGCGCAGGCAUCCUGCAGCAAACCCUUUGCCACGAUUUGUCCUUCGAGUUGGUGAGCAACCAAUCCCUGCUCAUUGUCGGUGAGAGUGGCAUCGGCAAGAGCUCUUUGCUCCGUGCCGCAGCUGGCCUGUGGACAGAUGGUCGAGGGACGCUUCAGCUCUGUAAGCGCCAGCAUGUCUUCUUCAUGCCGCAGAAGCCGUACAUGUUCCUGGGGUCACUGAGGGACCAGUUGUUAUACCCUCACGUGGAAAGCUUCAUCAGCAACUCUGACCUGGAGAAAGCUCUUCGGCAGGUCAACCUUGGUCACUUGCUCGAGCAGCACAGCCUGUCAGAGUCGAAAGAGUGGGCCAGCUUGUUGUCACUAGGACAGCAGCAGCGCAUAAACUUUGCUCGAGUAUUGUUGCGCCCAGAUGUCAGAAUGGCAUUGAUAGAUGAGGGCACCUCUGCCUGCGAUCCGGCCAACGAAGCUGUAUUGUAUGAGUUGCUUCAGCAGCGACUCUGCAGCUAUGUCUCCAUUGGUCACAGGCCGGCGCUGCAACGGUUCCAUAGCCACGCGCUUUGGCUUCACAAACCGUCGCUGGAAAGUGCCGCGUCUGCAUGUUCUCCUAGUGCUUCCGAUCCUACGGAAAUAGAAUUUAUGCCAAUGGCAGAGUUCCAGGCUAAGAACCCAGCGCUUGCGUAUAGGGAGUAUAGGGAGUAG